UUCGCUGACGAAGCUUUUCUUUCCGACGGGAAUCGAAAAAACGUAGAAAGAAAUGCUUCGUAGAAAGAGAAAUCGUAUAUUCACGGUUAGAAAAGUUUUCUUCCCUCCUAUUUUUUCUCUUUCUUUUUCCCCCUUUCUCCUAUUCAUAGGUUCGGUUCUAACUCCGAACGAGCUUUAAGACCGAACAAUAAGUAAUGAGAAAGCUCUUAUAAUUGUAGGAGCUUCGAAACUUUUCAAGACGCAGCCGCGUUUUUUUCCUAAAGAGAGAAACGACUUGAUGGAGUUAAAUUGCAUGGUCGAGAGAUCGGGCAAAAAAGAAAAAGAAGAAGAAGAAGAAGAAGAAGAAGAAGAAGAAGAAAAGAAAGAAGUUGAAAAUUGUUGUUAACAGAUAGAUGAUUCCUCCUCGGGAGCAGACCUAUCAAUUUUUCUUUACGAGACUUGUAGGAAACUUGUUUCUUCCUUCCAACGCCGAGGGGAUCGACGGGGGCCAGUCUCUCUCUCUCUCUCUCUCUCUCUCUCUCUCUCUCUCUCUCUCAAUUUUCAAAUGGAAAAGGGUAGAAAAGUACGAGCAGAAUGAUAUAAUAGAUUCUAUUUAAUUUAGUUUCGAGAACGAACCGAAUCCUUUUAUUUCUCUUCAAGCGGUAUUUCACGAAAAAUCAUUGCUGUCCUUCCAGUUCUAUGCUAUCAAAGCGUUAAACGUGAAAGAAAUUUUUUAUCGUACCUCAUCUAUGGUCUAAUCCUGUCUACGAGUUUUCUCAUUCUCUUGGAUUAUUUGUCAGAUUUCGAUUACAUUUUGACGGACCUGCAGGAUAAAUAGCCGACCGAUCGAUAGGUCGGUUCUUGAAAGAAAUCCAACGAAAUGCAGGAUGAAAGAGAGAGAGAGAGAGAGACACAUAAAUUGUUUACGCGCACUUCGUCGUAUUUAAUCGAUGAUCAGAACGUCAAGGAUAGUCGUUAAGUGUUCGGUACUUCGUCGAGUUCGAAUUGGAAUAAACUAUUCAAAGGCUCCAUUUAUAACCCUUUGAAAGAAAGUUUACAUCGAGGGAGGAUCGACCCUUUCACGGUUAGUCCGCCGAGAACCAUCACGAGUGAGAAAUGGAAAAGGUGAUAAAAGAGACAGAUCUUUUCGAGAGCGAAAAAGUCAUUAGAUGGAACAAACGAUUACUCAGAUGCAUGGGUGUUUGGCCACUCGCAGUCUACGAUCCGCUUUUCCUCUUCUUCGCAAUUUAUAUUCUCCUUCAUUGUUCGUUGGCGCUCGUAGAUUUCAUAGAUCAACCAAAGCAUAUCGAUUACGUAGUCAGAGUUUUGACGGAAAACGUGCCUAUCGUAAUGGCACUCAUAAAAAUUACAAUCUGCAGGCUGAACAGACGAUUGAUCGCCCAAUUAUUGAUAGAAAUUCAUGGGGAUUUUUCCGUGGAAAAUUAUGCGAACGAGAAGGAGAAACUGAUCUUUCUCGAUUAUAAUAAACUUUCUUAUAGAUUUAUCGCGAUAACCAUUGUCUCGAUGUCCUUCGUCAUCGGACUUUAUUUCUUCAAAGCCAUUAUAACGUCGGUACUAACAGUCAUGAGAAAUUCGUCCUUGGAGUAUGAAUUGCCUUACAAAACUCGAACGAUGUUUGAACUUAAUGAUAUAACGACGUACACCUUAUACUCCAUCUACCAAUGGCUAAUUGUGGUAACCAUACUCUCCGGUUACGUUGGAUCUGACUGUCUCUUCGCCAGUUUGGCACUACACAUUACAGGACAGUUUGCGAUACUCAGAUGCAAAGUUGUAGGAGCGUUUGAAGAUACUGAUGGUUAUAAGCGAGGUAUGAAGAAAUUGGUAAUCAAGCAUCAUCGAUUGAUUAGAUUGGCGGAAACGUUGGAAGAUGGAUUUAAUAUAAUGAUUUUUCAACAAUUAUUAGGUACUACGUUCAAUCUUUGCGUAUCGGGUUACUACGCGCUCGUGAGUUCAAUGAACGGAGAAAAUAUCGUAUUAGUUACUUUCUUUGUCUAUACAUUUACUAUAUUGAACACACUGUUCGUUUAUUGCUACGUCGGUGAAUGUCUCAUCGAGGAAAGCAUGGGACUCGGUGACACGUUGUAUCAGUCCAAUUGGUACGACAUAUCAGCGGUCGAGUUAAAAACGAUGUACAUUUGUAUGGAACGAACAAAGAAACCGCUAAAAUUAACGUCUGCAAAAUUUUGUGCACUAUCCUUGGACACGUUUAGCGAGAUAUUGAAGACCUCGAUUGGAUACUUGUCCGUUUUACGAGCAUUUCUAUAGAUCGACUCGCAGAAACAUUUAAAUAUCGAUUAAAUCGUAUUAUAGAAUAAUAAAUAAUAAAUUGAUUGAUGCAUAAUAAUAAAUUGAUUUAUACGUAUGGUCGAUGAUCGUAGAGUUAUUUGCGGUACGAUAAAAGAGAACUUUUUCGUGAGUUUACGCUUAUCUUUGACCAGACUCAACGACUAUCGGCAUUGCGAUUCUUUUUGUAGAUGAAAAUAUUGAAAAACAACAAAUUUGUUUGUACAGAUUAAAUAUAAUAAUACAGAUUAUCGAUGUGUGUGUAAUUAAAAGCGUUUCGAUUAUUUGCGCAAUCUUCUUAAGUAUCAUUUCAUUCAAAUAAUAUUUACGCGUUCGUUUUGUAUUUGCUAAAGUUCCCGCCG